AUGGCCAGCAACUCUUAUUCCCUUGAUUACUGGAGGAAGCUCUUCCGCAGCACCAACACCAACAUCUUCGAAGUGGUCGAGAAUGCGGUCCUCAUCGCCGCCACCGAUUACCCGACCGAAUUUGCUCAUCGUAGGGAUGAGCUGGUGGAGAGAAUCUUCACAUGCCGGCUAGACUACCGCUCUUGGUUGCCAUCAGGUGGGGAGGAAAAUGAUGAAAAGGAGAGAGAGGAAGAGAGAAGAGAGCAUAAGGUGGGCAAUGAGCUCAGGAAUGGUGAGGCGCCUUCGAAUGAAGUCGAGGAGGCGAGCAGAGUGGUCUGCGAGAUAACAAGAAUCAAGAACGUGUUGAAGAAUUGGCGCGAAGAGUCUGAAAGUGUUCUCCUUGAAUCACUGCAGAGGCUGCAGUCAAUGGAGAUUUCCAUACAAAUCCUCAAGGAGACCAAGAUAGGAAGGACUGUAAAGCAUCUGAUGAGACAUGAAUCAGAGGAGAUCCAGCUCCUUGCACAGGCUCUCAUUGAUGGUUGGAGGAAUGUUGUGAAGGAAUGGGCCAAUGAAGGGAUCAAUAGCGAAGAUCCAGCUCCAGAUUCUGCAUCCAAGCCAACUAAUGUAGAGGAGGGAGGUCUUGCUUUUCCUCCAUGGGAUGAAGCAGCCCUCCUAGCAACACAAACUACCUCGAUGGAACUCACAAGGAUCUUCGAUGGGAUUGACGACAAUGGAAAUAUUGAAAAUUGUGGACGAUCUCAGGAGAACGGCAGAAGGCGGCUCCCCAAAGGUGAAGGAGAAUUUAGGAAGCGCGAGGCCUCUAUGCAAAUGAGGCCUUUGGAAGCUUGCAAUAGGCUUCCGGAGCCUCAUUAUUAUGGAGAGAAGAGAAGGAGCGAGACCUUGAGGGAAACAACCACAAGCAUAUUGAAGAUGACUCUGAACCAUCAGCUGUUCCUGGGAGACCUCCAAGGACAGCUUUUGAGCACAAAGCUGGUGCUGAAACAAAAUUUCAGCACAACCAAGGCCAUUCACAGCUUCCAAAAACGCCUCCCUUCGUCAUGCAAGCAGUAA